AUGUUGUAUCCUGAUGGACUGUUGAUGUGCAGGCAUGCAGAGGAAGAGCACUGGAAAAUGGGUGGGCAGGAGAACUCGAUGAGGAUGAGAUUGAAGAUGGUGCCCAACCACUCCUUCGACCCACAUAUCCAGGCAUCCAAACUCAGGGACAACCAAGGAGGAUCCAUGCACCGGCGCCAGGCGUCUGAGACCAUGUUCCCCUGGAGCAUCGCCAAGGAAGCUGUGCGGCAGGAAGCCGAGGAAGACAGCCUAGCUGAUGAGGAUUUCAACAUUCCUCCUCCACCUUUGGAGGAGAUGGGAACAGGGACAGGGAAGAUAGUGUCCAAUGAAGAGUGUCAAGUGAUCACCCUGAUGAGUGUUGUGAAGGGUCGCUUGGAGGUGACAACCACCCAUAUUGCCUUUCACGACAAUGCCCCCUUCCGUGAGGACCUCUCUCGCAUGGACUUCAAGUGUCCCCUGGGGUUGCUGAGGGAGAUUCAUUUGAGGAGAUACAAUCUGAGACGCUCAGCGAUGGAGAUCUUCCUGGUCAACCAAACCUCCUACUUCAUCAACUUCCCCAGUACCAGGAUGCGGAACCGUGUGUUUAGCCGUGUCUUGAGCCUUCGUCCUCCUAAUCUCUUCUACCGAAGUGGGAGAUCUCCAGCUGAAGUCCUCCAGUCUUCUGGGCUCACCCAAAAAUGGGUCCAUCGGGAAAUCUCCAACUUCGAAUACCUCAUGCAGCUGAACACAAUAUCAGGUCGGACGUACAAUGACCUAUCACAGUAUCCUGUAUUUCCAUGGAUCCUAUGUGAUUACCAGUCCGAUUACCUAGACCUGGAGAACCCUGAGGUCUUCAGGGACCUGAGCAAGCCCAUUGGAGUUGUGAACCCUCGCAAUGAAGCUGAGGUUCGAUCCAAGUAUGACAGCUUCGAGGACCCCUCUGGUACAAUCCCCAAGUUCCACUAUGGGACACACUAUUCAAAUGCAGCUGGGGUGCUUCAUUAUCUUGUCCGUGUGGAACCUUUCACCUCCCUCCAUAUUGAGCUGCAGAGUGGAAGGUUUGACGUGGCAGACCGGCAGUUCCACUCUAUCCCUGCAGCAUGGCAGAUGUUGAUGGAAAACCCAUCAGAUGUGAAGGAGCUAAUUCCCGAGUUCUUCUAUUUCCCGGAAUUCCUGGUGAAUGGGAACCGGUUUGACCUCGGACGUCUUCAGGGUGCAUCCAGGGAGAAAGUGGAUGAUGUUGUCCUCCCUCGCUGGGCAGAUUCUCCUGAAGAUUUCAUCAAUAAGCAUCGCAAGGCCUUGGAGUCGGAAUACAUAUCAGCUCACCUGCAUGAGUGGAUUGACCUCAUCUUUGGCUACAAACAGAAGGGAGAAGCUGCAGUACAUGCCCUCAAUGUCUUCUACUACUGCAGCUAUGAGGGUGCAGUGGACCUGGAUGCAAUCUCAGAUCCCCGGGAGCGUGCAGCCACAGAGGGGAUGAUUAACCACUUUGGCCAGACCCCUUGCCAGCUGUUGAAGGAACCCCACCCAAUGCGAAUGUCUGCAGCAGAAAUCCAGGCCUGGGCUGCUAAGGAAUCUCGCAACCGUAUCCCACCUUCCUUGCUCUCCUUCACCCAUUCCCUCAAGACUUCCAUCAUUGAGGUUGGAGGGGGAGGGAGUGAUCCAUGUAUAUGGGUUGGGAUUCCACAACCCCUGGCCAAAUCCUUCUUGCACCAGGUCACAGGUGACACCCUCAUAUCAUUGAUGGCUUCAGGUCUCCUGGGCACCCACACCUGGUCACCAUCCCAGUCCCAGCGCACCUCCACUCUCCAGAGCACUACAUUCUCUUUUGAGCGAGACCCCACACUCAUGAACCCCAGUAAUCUGGACUCAUGGGCCAUCACUUGUGGGUUUGACUUGCUCUUUGAUUGUGCCCUUGAGCACUCCCAUACAGUCGACAGUGUGGGUAAGACUGUCCCAACACCUUCACCACUGAAGACUGAAGGGAAGAAGGAAAUCGUGAAACUCACCGAGACUGGCUUGGAGGGAAGACAGGAAAAGGAAAAAGAAGACGUAGGGCACGGCCAUGAUGGAAAGACAAGGAAGGCACUGAAUUUCCCCUGA